AUGGAUGCAAGAAUUAUUCUGAUACCUAUUAUACUAUCUUUCAUGCUCUCAUGCACUCCCUCAACUGCACAACCAGAACCCGCUAUUUCACCAAUAGCUCCCGCUUUUCUUCCUCUAGCUCCUGCUUUAUUCGUCAUUGGAGAUUCCUCCGUUGAUUCCGGUACCAACAAUUAUCUCGCUACCUUUGCCCGCGCCGAUCGUCUUCCUUAUGGAAGAGACUUUGACACUCAUCAACCCACCGGAAGAUUCUCCAAUGGCAGAAUUCCCGUAGAUUUUCUUGCUUUGCGUCUUGGACUUCCUUUUGUGCCAAGUUAUCUUGGUCAGACAGGAAAUGUGAAGGAUAUGAGUCAUGGUGUCAAUUAUGCUUCUGCUGGUGCAGGCAUCAUUGCCUCAAGUGGCUCCGAAUUGGGUCAGCAUAUCUCCCUCACUCAGCAAAUUCAACAAUUUAGUGACACAUAUCAGCAGUUUAUAUUAAGUAUGGGAGAGGAUGUUGCAGCCAAUUUCAUAUCCAAUUCUAUCUUUUAUAUCUCUAUUGGAAUCAAUGACUACAUUCAUUACUAUUUGCUCAAUGUUUCCAAUGUCAAUAACAUGUACCUUCCAUGGCGCUUCAACCAGUUUUUAGCAUCCUCACUCAGGCGAGAAAUUAAGAACUUGUACAACUUAAAUGUUAGGAAAAUGGUGGUUACAGGACUUGCUCCUAUUGGUUGUGCUCCUCGCUAUAUGUGGGAGUACGGUAUUCAGAAUGGAGAAUGCGUUGAACCGAUAAAUGAUAUGGCUGUUGAAUUUAACUUUCUCAUGAGAUACAUUGUUGAAAAGCUUGCUGAGGAGCUCCCUAGUGCCAAUAUCAUCUUCUGUGAUGUGUAUGAAGGUUCCAUGGAUAUUUUAAAAAAUCAUGAUAGCUAUGGCUUUACCAUUACGUCCGAGGCCUGCUGUGGAUUUGGGAAGUACAAAGGUUGGUUCAUGUGCUUAUCGUCGGAAAUGGCGUGCAGGAAUGCUUCUAACUAUAUUUGGUGGGAUCAGUUCCAUCCAACUGGUACAGUGAAUGGAAUUCUGGCAGCCAAUAUAUGGAAUGGUGAACACACUAAAAUGUGCUAUCCUAUGCACUUGCAGGACAUGGUAAAUUAG